AUGUCAGCGGCAAGACUAGAGCCGCCCCGCGCCGACAGACAGGCCCAAGGCCCCAACCCUCUGCCGCAGCUCAUCCAGACACCCUCUGGGCUCGCCCUCCUCGAGCUGCAGGGCACCAUCAACCUGCCGCUGGGCAAGGACGGCGAGCCCCUCUCCGACGUGCAGAUUGGGCGCAUCGACUUCCCCGACUACGACCCUGCCGCGUCCCCCCAGGGAACGGCGUGGAUGAAGCGCGUGCACAUGUUUGUCGGCCAGCACCAGCGGCUCCACGGCGAGGUCAAGAAGCUGCCGCGGGCGAUUGCCGUGGUGCGCAGGCGCGAGAACAGGAUGGAGCACGGCUCGGGCGGCGCGCACAUGGAGGAGGGCGAGAACCUCGAGGUGGUGGAGAUUAUAAAGUACAAGCUCAUGUUUGGCAACCGGCCGGAGCCCGUGGGCACGGAGAAUGCAGUCUGA